GGGAGGAGUUAUUUCCAGUUUAACCCGACCCGUGUUAGAUCUUAAAUUUUACCAAAAAAAAAGUCAUAUCCCAAUUCCCAAGUGGUUAUGCGUAGCUGCGAGCGAGCUCGUAUUCUUUUGAUUGAUUGAUCGGAAUUCCCUUUUUGGCGAGCAGAGAAAUACAGACAUCUUUAGCCGCUGUACAAUUCUCAGUCUUUCGAUCCUUUAAGCUCUUGUAGCCAUGGUGCUCGAGGCCACGAUGAUCUGCAUUGAUAAUUCGGAGUGGAUGCGAAACGGUGAUUACUCGCCCAGUAGGCUUCAAGCUCAAGCUGACGCCGUAAAUCUCAUAUGCGGUGCUAAAACCCAGUCUAAUCCGGAGAAUACAGUCGGAGUAUUGACAAUGGCUGGUAAAGGGGUUCGUGUUUUGGUCACUCCCACCAGUGAUCUUGGAAAGAUCCUAGCUUGCAUGCACGGGCUUGAGAUAGGUGGUGAAAUGAAUUUGGCAGCUGGAAUUCAGGUAGCCCAGUUGGCUCUCAAGCAUCGCCAAAACAAAAAGCAGCAACAAAGGAUUAUUGUUUUUGCUGGGAGCCCUGUUGAGUAUGACAAAAAGGUAUUAGAGAUGAUUGGGAGAAAGUUGAAAAAGAACAGUGUAUCUCUGGACGUUGUCAAUUUUGGGGAAGAAGAUGAAGCGAAGGCUGAGAAGCUUGAGGCAUUGGUUUCUGCAGUAAACAACAAUGAUAGUAGUCACAUUGUCCAUGUUCCUGCUGGUCCGAACAAUCUUUCAGAUGUGCUGAUAAGUACUCCUAUCUUUACUGGUGAUGGGGAAGGUGGAAGUGGAUUUGCCGCAGCUGCAGCUGCAGCUUCUGCUGGUGGAGUAUCUGGCUUUGAAUUUGGAGUGGAUCCUAAUUUGGAUCCUGAACUUGCACUGGCACUUCGAGUUUCAAUGGAGGAGGAAAGAGCAAGGCAAGAAGCAGCAGCAAAAAGAGCUGCUGGAGAAGCUGCAAAUCAAGAAAAAGGAGACAAGCAGCCUGAUUCCCAAGGUGCCACUAUGUCUGAGAAUGUUGCUGCCGGAACCUCUGAAUCUGAAAGCAAGGGAGCUGAUCUGAUGGAGGAUGAAAAUGCCUUGUUACAACAAGCACUGGAAAUGUCUAUGGAUGAUUCUUCUUCCAACAUUACCCCGCGAGAUACUGACAUGUCAGAAGCAGCUUCUGAGGAUCAUGAAUUGGCACUUGCCCUUCAAUUGUCUGUGCAAGACAGUAUGAAAGACCAAUCAGAUUCAACCGAUAUGAGCAAGCUGUUAGCUGACCAAUCUUUUGUAUCAUCUAUUCUUGCUUCACUUCCAGGUGUUGAUCCCAAUGAUCCUUCAGUUAAAGAUUUGCUAGCUUCCAUGCAAAGUCAGUCUGAGUCCCAAGAGAAAGACGGGGAUGACAAGGAACCCAAGGAUGAGGAGAAAAAGUGAUUAUGCCUCGAAUUUGUUGUCUAGUGAGGUUGACAAGUUCAUAACGAGACCAUGAAGUGCUCUGCAAGUUGACGAAACUGGGCUUUAGGUGUGUUUCAUUGGGAUGGACUAUGGACCUAGCUAUAGUUGAUACCCAUAGCGGGGAGAAUUCAGUGUUUGUCUACUCUAUUUUCGUAUAUAGUUGAUGAAAAAUUGUUUCUAUCCACAGCAAAAACAUCUCCUCCGAAUGGCCUUUGAUUUUCACGAUUUGUGGUUAUUCAUUUUUGAGGUUUUAGUCAA